AUGCGGACGCUGUUCUGGACCGUUGUAGUUGUCUGCCUCAUCACCUACAUCUUCUCCAUCUUCGGAGUCGUGCUCAUCAGUUCCCAGGUUGCAGCAGCGCAUGCGGCUGCCCUGGAUGCAGGGAACGCCAGCGCCGAGGAGAUUGACACCCUCAAUAUGCUGGUUGAGUGUACCGGCAGCGUUUGGGCUUGGAUGUACACGCUGAUCCAAGUGCUCACGCUAGACUCCUGGAACGGCAUCGCCAGACCUUUGCAAAGUUACGUGAGUGGAUCCUGGGCGUUUUUCUACUCCUACAUUGCGGUGGCCGCCGUGGCCCAAGCCCGGAGUCAACAGUCCAUCCGGGCACUAGUUGCCCUAAACCGUUUAACCCUAAACCCUGCCCCGUGGAGCAUAGCUAGACGGGUGGCAAAGAACCCUAAACCCUAA